AUGUACAGGCUCUUAGUAAAUUGGCUAAGGAAGAUUCACGGCUACGAAAUUACUGGGCAGUGGCAUCUUGAACAAGUUCGCAAUUAUGGCGAUUAUCAUCACUUUUAUUGCGACCUAACAAUAAAGAAACCUGAUAACCCCCAUCCUGUUGCUCGUCUUGAACUCCUGGCGACAGCAUCAAUUUCAAAACUAAAUGGGCAUUUCGAACAAGUAUUUAAGUACGCUGAGCGCCUUUGUCCUCAAGAAGUAUGGGUCAUACAUUUUUCUUGUGAAGAUUUUGUUGUAACUAACCCAUACUGGCCGGGAAAAAGAUUUCAGGAUAAAGGGUUAAAUGUUGCACAUUUCUGGCACAACAGGGAUUUUAGCAAUGUAAAAAUGAGUGCUAGGUUUCGGAAUGUCACUGGCAAGUUUCAUGAAAUUUUAGAUGAGCAAAUUUUACCUUAA